UGUAUUUUUGAUCGAUAAGUACGCAGUCACACUGAAUAGAAGUAAAAAGUAAAAACUUGAAAAUCAUUGAAAAUUAAAAACGAAAAUGGCCGCGCCUAUGGAAAAGGAUGACCUGGUGAAGCUAAAGAGCUUCAUCGAGUUCGUGGACUCGAAUCCCACGGUUUUGAAUGUGCCGCAACUUAAGUUUGUCAAGGAUUUUAUUGAGAAGUUUGGCGGCCAGGUUCCGGCAGGCGACUUCAAGAUGCCGGACGCCGCUGCAGGCGGAAAAUGCCCGUUCGGCGGCGAUGCCGGUCCCAAAUCGAAAUCGGCUGGUGCUGGUGUCUCGACCCCAGACUCCGAGGGAGUCAGCAUCGAUUCGGAUGCCAGCGAGGAUGACGAGACUGUGUCGCAGUCCGAGUCCGAUGUUGAGCUGGAUAUGGAAGGCGUCAUCGAGCCCGACCUUGAUCCAGCCCAGCCCAUGGGUGACUCUUCGAAGGAGCCCACCGAAGAGGAGAUGGACCAGGCCGGCGACGUGCGCGGCGAGGCGGCCAAGGCCUAUGGCGAGCAAAAGUUCGAGGAGGCCGUUGGCCUCUACACCAAGGCCAUUGAGCUGAAUCCAGGCAAUGCCCUCUACUAUGCCAAGCGUGGCCAGGCCUUCCUCAAGCUGAAGAAGCCCAAUGCUUGCAUUCGUGAUUGCGAUAAAGCACUCGAACUUAACUGCGACUCGGCGGCCGGCCACAAGUUCCGCGGACGAGCCCACCGCCUGCUGGGCCAGUUCGAGGAGGCCGCCAAGGAUCUGCGCCAGGCCUGCAAGUUGGACUUUGACGAGGAGACCGACGAGUGGCUGCGCGAGGUGACGCCCAAUGCCAAAAAGAUCGAGCAGCACCGUGUCAAGCAGGAGCGCAAACAGGCCGAGCGUAAGGUUAAGGAUCGUCUGCGUGCCCAGAACAAGGCACGCAAAGAGCAGGAAAAACAAAAGGCUUCGGCCGGCUCGACAUGCGGCGGCUUUCCAGGAGGAGCUGGUGGUGGUGUCCCCGGUGGCUUCCCAGGUUGUUUCCCAGACAUGGGCGGAGCUGGCGGCAUGCCCGGCGGCGCUUCAAUAGCGGAGAUGCUGGGCAUGAUGAAGGAUCCUGAGAUGGCUGCCGCCAUUCAGGAUAUCCUAGCCAAUCCGGCCAACAUUUCCAAGUAUGCCUCCAAUCCGAAGAUCUUCAACUUGAUGAAGCAGUUCUUCCCGUGUGGAGACCCAACUGGAGCUGGCUUCGGUGGUGCUGGAGCUGGAGCCGGACCGUUUGGCCAGGAAAAUGAGGAAAAAGAGAAGGCCAGUGAUAGCAGCGAGCCGAAGGCCGCCAAGAAGGAAUCGGCGGACUUUGUCGACGAUGGUCUCGACUAAGGGUUAAAGUCAGUUUUGGAGCAGCGACAGGAGAAAAAACACAGAAAUUUUGAAAAAAAAAACAAGUUAAGCACACACACACACACACACACACAUAAAAUCACACACUAGAACACCUCACACACGAGACAGAGCAGGAUGGCCACACACGAGCAAUACCUCUGCCACUGCCCCUGCUGCUGGCGCUUCGUAGCUGCUCGCUCGGAGCUGAAUUUUUGUUUGUUUAUAAAAGCUUUCCCUAUGCCAUACUGCCAUACCUAAAGAAUGAAAUGAGAGAACGAAUAGAAUGUUUUCCACUAUUGACAACAACACACAUUCUUUAUAGAAGCAAAAACAACCCAAGCAACAAACUGUCGAUCGAUCUAGUUGAACUAAUGCUCGAUAGAUAGGAAGCGCAGCCCAAAACGAAAGCAAUUACAUAUAAUAUAAAUUUAGCCUUAAUUAUUGCUCCCACACACACACACACACACACACACAACCACAACAGCCGGGCAGCACAAGGUGAAAAUGAACAAAGAAAUAAACAACAACAAAAGGAUGUAGAUCGAAACGAUUUGUUAAACAAAAUUGUACUGAGAAUAGGAUUUGAUUAAUAAUUUUACUAAGCAAAUAUGCAUUUAGCAAACAAGCCAUCACCAGCACGCACCCAACCCACAUCGAAAUGCGUCCACAUUCAGCCACUCAUACAUACACAUUCAACACAUCAUAAACAUACAUGCAUGCAUACAUAUGUACAUGCGUUUAAUCGCAUGUCAAACAUUCAUCAGAAUCAGCGAGAGAUCAAUGGAAAUAAAACAUUUGAGAACCCAGAAAGAAA